AUGUCCACCGACAAGAUCACAUUUUUGCUAAACUGGCAACCAACUCCAUACCACAUCCCAAUCUUCUUAGCUUUAACCAAAGGCUAUUUCAAGGAGCAAGGUUUGGACAUGGCUAUUUUAGAACCCACUAACCCUUCAGAUGUUACUGAAUUGAUCGGUUCCGGUAAAGUUGACAUGGGUUUGAAAGCCAUGAUUCACACGCUGGCUGCCAAAGCUAGAGGUUUUCCUGUCACCUCUGUUGCCUCUUUGUUGGAUGAGCCAUUUACUGGUCUUUUGUACCUGAAGGGAAAUGGUAUCACUGACGAUUUCCAAUCCUUGAAGGGUAAGCGUAUUGGUUAUGUUGGUGAAUUUGGGAAGAUUCAAUUGGACGAAUUGACCAAGCACUACGGCAUGACUCCCGAUGACUACACUGCCGUAAGAUGUGGUAUGAACGUUGCCAAGUACAUCAUUGAAGGAAAGAUUCACGCUGGUAUUGGUAUUGAGUGUAUGCAGCAAGUUGAGUUGGAAGAGUAUCUAAAGCAACAAGGUAGACCAGUCACCGAUGCUAAGAUGUUGAGAAUCGAUAAGUUGGCCUGUUUGGGUUGCUGCUGCUUCUGUACUAUUUUGUACAUUUGCAACGACAAGUUCUUAGCUGCCAACCCUGACAAGGUGAGAAAGUUUUUGAAUGCCAUAAAGAAGGCGACUGACUACGUCUUGGCCCAUCCUGUUGAGGCUUGGAGAGAAUACAUGGACUUCAAGCCCCAAUUGGACAACGACAUGAGUUUCAAGCAAUACCAAAGAUGUUACGCUUACUUCUCAUCCUCCUUGUACAAUGUUCACCGUGACUGGAACAAGGUUACAGGUUACGGAAAGAGGUUGGAGAUUUUGCCUCUUGAUUACAAGGCCAACUACACUAACGAAUACUUGUCCUGGCCAGAACCCAACGAAGUUGAAGAUCCACUUGAAGCUCAAAGAUUGAUGGCUAUUCACCAAGAAAAGUGUCGAGACCAAGGUGGUUUCAAGAGAUUGAAUGCUCCUCUAAAGGCCUAA